GCACUGAAAAGUUCCGAUAAGAGCAACAAAAAAGGAAAUGACCCUCUUAACGAAUGAACACAACAUGGCAAUAUCAGAGGCUUGCAACGUUUCUCUGCAACAGCACACGAACCCCACCGUUGACACCAUCUCUCUCAUCAGUCUAACCUCGGCGCAAAUGCAAGGCUUUCUGAUGAUGGACUUGGAGAGAGGACCGAGAUAUCAAGCAUACGCUGAGCUGAGGGAAAGAAAGCUUCGCAUGAAGAACAUGAGACAGCAAGAGCAUGAAGAAGAGGAAGAGGGUGUGGAAAUGGAGGUAGAAGCAAAGGUUUUGACCCCACCGAGGAAGAAACAGGUGAAGUUUCAAGGUAGUGGGGUUUCUGGGAGAAAAGGGUCCUCCUCCUCUCUUGUGGCACAGUCUGUUCCUGACUUUUCUGCUGCUUUGAGGAAGGAGAAUAGGAAGCCGGUGAAUGGUAACGUGUUACCUACUCUGAUGGAGUUGACACCUCCUUUGAAGAGUGCGUGUGGUGUUUUGUCGAGUGCAAGAGGGAGUAAGUCAGCGAAUGCAGGUGAGAAGAAAAGGGGUGGUGGAGUUCUCAUGCCGAGGAAGAGCUAUGCCAGCAUUGAUGAACUCAAGAGUUUGUCCUCUGCUACUGCUAAUGCCAUCAAUGGUGAGAGUAGAGGUGGAGGAAGGAGUAGCAGAGUGAUGACAAGAAAGAGUGUUAUAGGGUACAGACAGCACAUUUGAGGAGUGUGGAAACUGGAGUGCAAUGAAUGAGUUUCCUUCAACCUUUGAUUUUUUUUUUUUAAUUCUCUUUUUUGUAGGUUUGUGAUAGUUAUCUUCACUGUUCAUUCUUUUUGUAAGUUUCAGUUUGAAUUUUUUAUUUUUAAUUGGUUUUUGGAGGAAGUUACUUACAUUAUUAUCAUGUAAGUGUAAAGCUUUUAUUAUUUGUGAGAGUAUCCAAUUAUCCAUCACCAUGACACUGUUAUAGAGAGAAUAAUAGUUUUUAAUAUUCCUGUGUUUA